UUUACGCAAAUACAGGAACGUAAUACUCACUACUAGUACUAGGAAUGUUGAGUUAAAUGUUAUAUUUUUGAUAUCUUUGUCUUCGUGUUGUUCAAGCCUUCCUGUUGUGUUCAUGUCUCUCAACUUUUGUAAGGCAGAGUACAACUGUCAGAUCCAGUGCGAUCAAGUCUCUGCUGAUGGAUACGAGGUGGAUAAUCUUGUAUCGUCAGAUAGAGGCAAGAGACAAAAAGGGUUUCGAGCGGAAUAUUUCAUCAAACCACCUGUUAACAUAACAGUUACAUUUCCACUGUCCUUAGAAAUCUCUCAUAUACUACUAGGAACACAGGUUGGAAGUCAACAAACAACGGGCAUAGAAGUUUACUCUCAGCAUUCAAAAUCAAAUGAGAAAGACUCUACAGACAGGUUUGAUAUAAUUGGAAAACGCUUCAAUAUCACUAAUUCAAAAUUAGGAUUUUACAACCAUUACUAUCGUCCUCGAGAGCUGGUCCAAGGAACCUCACUUCCUGAUUUCAGUAGAAAUAGUGCUGUCUUUUAUCGCUUCCAGACAAAGUUUAUUGGGAGUAUAAACAGCAUAAGAAGAAUUUGCUUACGAAUUACAAGAACUUUAAGUAGCACGGUCCCAGCCUUAUCAUUUCUUGAAGUGUGGGGGCAGCCAAGUAGGAGUUGUACCAAAGAAGCUGUGGAGUUUCUCUUAGACCUACAGCUCAAAGCUUGUAUAGAAUAUUGUAAGAAGAAAAACCAUAUUCUUUCGCAAAUUUAUUUUCAAACUAAAUUUAUACUUGUUCUUUCUUCAGCAAAACUACAUUCUCCUGGUGAACACAGUGAUGAAAUUGUCCACAUACCAGAAGAAUUCAUAGAUUCAAUAUCAUGUGAAAUUAUGUCCCUUCCAGUUUUACUACCAUCUGGCCACACCAUUGACCAGUCUACUUUAGAUAAAUACAUUAAUGUGGAAGCAUCUUGGGGUAGACUUCCAAGUGACCCUUUCACAGGAAUAGUAUUUCGCAAAGGAUGUACCCCUCUCCCUAACUCAGCUCUGAAGGCAAGAUUGGAUCUGUUUUUGAUAAAACAUGGAGAUCAGUUUAAAGAUGUUGGUCGGACUGUUGGACAUUCAAGCCGCAUUCACCAGCCAGUUUCUGAUAAGAUACGAUGCCAAUCUUUAGUUAAUACCGUUUUUAAUGUUAAAGCAAGUAGUUUGUGUGAACUUACAUCGACUGGAAAAGUAACUGAAGUCAGUCAAGGCAAGCUUAAAUGUAAAAGAUCAGUCUCUCCAAAUAUUCCUCAAGGGGAGAAAUAUAGAAAAUUGGAGCUCACCAGUGUUCGUCUUGAUAACCGUGCACCUAGUGUAGAAGUGGAAAGUUCAACAUAUAAUGUCCAAGAAGAGAAUAACCAUGAAGAACGUCUUUCAAGAAGCUUGGAUGAAGCCUUACAAGCCACACUUAACUCCCUGACAUUAAGAACUUGUUCAUCAAAUGCGUUACAACAUCAAGGAGAACGCUCCAUUCAUAGCUCAACAAAACAUGGUGACUGUGGUCAUUGUGAUGGCACUACUUUAGUUAUUUAUCGCCUUCCUUGUAGCCACGUGAUUUGCAGAAUGUGUUUAACAACAACAGCUAAUCGAAAUAUCUGUACACAUUGCAAACAACCUUUUCAGUCUAGUGAUGUUACUAGAGUCUUUCUAUAGUUAAAAUCUACUUGUAUGAGUAUUAUAUGUAAAACUAAAAAAUAGUGAAAGAACAAGCUAAUAUUUUCACUCUGAUAUUUAAAAUGUUACCAUAAAUGUUUUAUGUUCUGUCAGUGUUCAUUUAGUAGAAUAAAUAAAUGAACAUUAUUUUUAUCUUCCAGAAUUAAAAUAUCAACUGUAAUUCUUAAUCCAGGUUGGCAAAUAACAUUAAAUGUUUGUCUUGAGUACUUGAAAAUAUGUAAAUCACGUGCUCUGAGGAUUGAAAAUAGAACUUGUCACGUGGAAAGUAUUAAAUUUUAUUUGUUUUUUUAAACAAAUCUGAUUGUUUAAAAUAUCAGUAAAGUUACAGAAUACUUAUAUUUGCUGUAAUAUAUAUAUAUAUAUGAUUUUUUCAAAGGAAUUGAUGGUGUUUAUUUGUAUGUUUGUAUAAUAUUUUACUUUCGUGUAUUAGUUCAUUAAUUUGCAAAUACCACGACCAUGUCAUCAUAUACACGUGUGUGUAACUAGUGACUUAGAACAGGGAAAAAGCAAAUAAAUUUGAUUUCAUCAGAUAAAUAAGCACAACAUUUAAUUUUUCAUAAUAUAUUUGUGUUUUCAACCAUGUCAGUCUGCAGCUUUGACGGAUAGUACAUUCAUAAUUAGGACAUUUUGCUGAAUAGACAGGAAUUUAAACAGUUAAGAUUUUAUUCUUUCAUAGCAGUUACUACUUUUAUUGUACGUGUUGUGCUGCGGUUAUUAUUGCAUUAAGUAGGCUGUUUUGUAAGACUGUAUAGUGUUUUAAAAACACGUCAGAAUGAGCUACUCUAUAUGCAAAUAAUAGCUUUAACGAACCUGAAGAAAAAUUGACACAAAAAAAUUGGCAGGUAAUUGUCUUUAGUUUAUGGAUGAAGAUGUAUUUUGAGUGAAAUUCAUAAUUUUAUGUGUCACUAAUAGCAUAUAUCAAAUGCUUGGUAAAAUAAUGUCAUUUUGUUGCCAUGGGUAAAAGUAAUGUAUAUAAUUAUAUAUAUUAUAUGUAUU